ACCAGAGAAAGAUCAGAAAUGGUUUUAACUUUCCAAAUCAAGCUGAGCCUACUGUUUUACGUGUCAGCCCACAAAACAAACCAGCUCACUGUAACGAACUCAGUUUUCUACUUCUACAAAUAAAAACAAAAUUCGAUAAUUAAGGACACCCGCUUUAUAAAUACCCUCUUCAAUUUUCUUAAAUUGACACAUAAAUUCAUCAUAUAAUCUCAAAGAAGAAACAAUUUAAUCUCAUAAAUAAACCCCCAAAUAUAAACAUUUCUUGCUGAAAAAUUCACUCCCCUGGUUUUUAUAAAUUCUAACAAAAGGUUGGUUUUUCUGGAAAAAAUAUAACAAAUUCAUCAAGUUUCAAAAGAUGUCGAACACUGCUGGUCAAGUUAUUCGUUGCAAAGCUGCUGUAGCAUGGGAAGCAGGGAAACCAUUGGUAAUGGAGGAAGUGGAGGUUGCACCUCCACAGAAAAUGGAGGUUCGGGUCAAGAUCCUUUUCACCUCACUUUGUCACACUGAUGUUUACUUCUGGGAGGCCAAGGGGCAAACUCCGGUUUUCCCUCGAAUUCUCGGUCAUGAAGCUGGAGGAAUUGUUGAAAGUGUUGGAGAAGGUGUGACAGAACUCAAACCAGGGGACCAUGUCCUACCUAUCUUCACCGGCGAAUGCAAGGAAUGUGCUCAUUGCAAAUCAGAGGAAAGUAACAUGUGUGAUCUUCUGAGGAUCAAUACUGACAGGGGUGUUAUGCUUAACGACGGCAAAUCGAGGUUCUCGAUUAACGGAAAACCGAUUUUCCAUUUCGUAGGAACUUCCACAUUUAGUGAAUACACUGUUGUUCAUGUUGGUUGUUUAGCUAAGAUCAACCCUGAAGCACCCCUUGACAAAGUCUGUAUUCUUAGCUGUGGAAUCUCAACUGGUUUUGGUGCCACUGUGAAUGUUGCAAAACCAAAGAAGGGCCAUACAGUUGCUAUUUUCGGCUUAGGAGCCGUUGGCCUUGCGGCUGCUGAGGGUGCCAGAGUUUCUGGUGCAUCAAGGAUCAUAGGUGUGGAUCUUGUUUCUAGCAGGUUCGAAGCAGCGAAGAAAUUCGGUGUGACUGACUUUGUGAACCCUAAAGACCAUAACAAACCAGUGCAAGAGGUAAUUGCUGAGAUGACUAAUGGAGGUGUGGACAGAAGUGUAGAGUGCACUGGGAAUAUCCAAGCCAUGAUUUCUGCUUUCGAAUGUGUUCAUGAUGGUUGGGGUGUUGCUGUUCUUGUUGGUGUCCCCAACAAAGAUGACUCCUUCAAGACUCAUCCCAUGAACUUCCUGAACGAAAGGACAUUGAAGGGAACUUUCUUUGGAAACUAUAAACCUCGAACCGAUAUCCCAUUAGUCGUGGAGAAGUACAUGAACAAGGAGCUUGAGCUCGAGAAAUUUAUUACCCAUGAAGUCUCUUUCAAGGACAUUAACAAGGCUUUCGAUCUCAUGUUGAAGGGUGAAAGUAUCAGGUGCAUUAUUCGUAUGGAUGCUUGAAAUGGAGAAUAGAUCGAGCUCUCACUAUGAGUUGAAGAGUGAAGGAUUGAAUAAAAUAGAGAUCCAUAGUAGUUCAACUACCUUUCGAGAAUUAGUGUUUAAAUUUCGGUAUAUCACAGUUGAGGACAUGACUUUAUUAUGUUAAUGUAAGUGAGUUUUGGAAGUAA